UAAUCAUCUUUCUAACCAAAAGGCCAGCCGGGUUGUCUUCAUCAUUGAUCAGCCUGUUGCUGUGCCCUUAGGCCAGCGUCUCAAAUGAACAUGUCCCUUGCUCAAAGAGUCCUCCUGACAUGGAUCUUCACACUCAUCUUCCUCAUCAUGCUGGUCCUCAAGUUAGACGAGAAGAUCAACUGGAGCUGGUUCCUCAUCUUCCUUCCUGUCUGGACCUUUGAUCUUAUUCUCCUCCUCAUGCUCAUUGUCAAAAUGGCAGGCCGCUGCAAGCCGGGGUUCGACCCUCGCAACGGGACGGAGAACUUGAAGAAGCGCGUGUGGUACCUCGUGGCCAUGCUGCUUAAGCUGGCGUUUUGUCUGACUCUCUGUGCCAAAUUAGAGCAGCUAAUGAACAUCUUGGUGAGCUCGGUUUGCAUCCCUCUGUGGGCUCUGCUCAUCGGGGCCAUGGUGGAGCUGGGCUACAACGUUUUCCACUUCAGAAGAGACUGAACAUAUGAACGGUACUCUUUGAAAGCCAGCAGAGAAGUCUUUACUGUAUUCUUCAGGAGUAAAAUCAUCUUGAAAGUAGAUGUUAUUCAUAAGUAAGGGAAUAUAUAACGGACACUACGAAUGUACAGCUAUUUAAAGCUCUUUAUCAGGAAUUGCUUGUUUCUUUCAGGCUCAAGGAUGAAGCUGAAUAGCCUACGUUUCGUGUUCACAAUGAUGCAGGGAGGUUAACGAAUUUUGGCUCAGUGGUGAGUUUCCACUCAGGUGACAGAAAUGACUGAUUGUGAAUGUUGCUUAGAAUAUUUAUUGCAUUUUAGUGAAACACUGAGAUCAUUAGCAGCAUACCAUAAUGGACAUUUGAAAAACAACAGUUAACGUGCUGCAUACACACUGUUUUUUCAACCAGUACUGUAACACAAUGUGGUUUGCUAACGGAAAAGACAUAUGUUCUAAUGGUGUAUGAUUUAUAAGUCUGUCUUUCUUAAUCAUACACUUAUUUGUUUUGCGUUGCAGAACUUGCAUAAUACAUGUUUACGAAAUUUUAUUUUCUCUUGUGCAGAGUGUGUAAAUAAUAAAAAGAAAUAACAACA